UAUUUAUUUGAGUAGCCUGGUUUUCCAGAUAGGCUCGAAGAAGUGGAUCAGAUGGUAUAAUGCGUAAGGUUCUCACGCCUAUGCGGAUAAACCCAGAUCUGUCAGAUGUUUGAUUUUCCAGCUCUCCAACUAGGUAUAAAUAGUGUGGGGUUUCAGCCAGAAUAGUAUCAGUUGAUCAUAUCCCAAUAUCAGAUAUCAACAUGAAGUACGCCUGCUACCUGCUCCUUUUGGCCAUUUCGGGCUGCUUCCUGGUGAGCCUGUCCAGUGCGGCAAGUUCCACAACCUCGACGGAAGCUUCCACCACCACUACCACCACCACGGCAGCUUCGUCGGACACAACCACCACCACUGAGUCAUCCUCCGACACCACAACCACGACCACUGCAUCCUCGUCCUCAUCCUCCGGCAAGAAGAAGCACGUGACCCAUUACAAGCGCAAGACCCACCGCCCCAAGAAGGUCAAGAAGAUUCAUCGCAACAAGAAGCGCAGCGGUUAAACAGUUCUAAAAUUCAUCCGAUCCGAUUCCAUUUGUUAUCAGCUCUAACCCCAUGAACUCCUCUCGUAUUACGGUUUAUUAGUUAUAGUUAUA